CCACACACACUUUCUGUUUCUCUUUAGCUGUGCAUCUGUGUUCCCUCGCGCUCCAUCCUAAGAGCUGAGCUGUGAGAUCUGUUUAAGUAACUCGCAGGAAAAAGAGUCUGGUGGAAACUCGCGAUGGCUUCACCAUUGGCUUUGGAGAUUCAGUGUCCAGUGUGUCUAUGCGACUUUACCGAUCCGGUGAUCCUCCCCUGCGAGCACUCAUUCUGCCGCACCUGCAUCGCCGGUCACGUCAACGCCAGCAUCGGCCCUGUCAUGUGCCCUCAGUGCAGGCAACCCUUUUCCUCGACGGACAUCAAGGAGAGCCGACUCCUCCGGAACAUCAUUGAGAGCCUCAAGGUCCACCUGAACCUGAACACCUCGCCGGGGCAGGACGAGCCUCCGAGGGCUCCACGGCCACAGGGCGACCUGGUGUGUGAAGAGCACGACGAGAGGCUGAAGCUGUUCUGUGUGACCGAUCAGAAGCUGGCCUGCACCAUCUGUAAGGAGCAGGACAAACACCAGGGACACAUAUUCAAACCUGUGAAGGAGGCCGCCGAGAAAAACAAGGGUGAACUGAAAGGAGCUCUGGGAUUUAUAAUGAAAGAAAACCAAAGCCUCCAUGACCUCAGCCAACACCAACUCGCUGAGAUUGCCAAGUGUGAGAAGAGGUCUGAUGGUCUUGAGGCUCAAGUCUUCUCUCAGUUUGCGGCCCUGCAUCAGUUUCUGCGGAAAAAGGAGAAGGAGCUGCAGACAGAGCUGGAGCAGAAGAAGAUAAGAUCUGUGGCAGCCAUGCAGCGCAAACUUUCUGAUAUCCAGGGGAAAGCAGUCGAUGGCGGAGAGAAGGAGGUGAUCCUUAGGACAGCACUGGAGAUCCCCAGACCAGAUCAUUUCCUGCAGUGGUGGGAAGACAAAGGAUAUCCUGUAACAGAGGGGAUGAAAGACAAACAGGAGAAAAAGUUCAGGUCAAAGGUGAAGAGCCUGGUGGUGACUCCUGACUCCAUGUCAAUGGGCCCCUAUGAGUCUCACCUGCCCUUGUUUGUGUGGAAGGAGAUGCUGCAGACCAUCAGACCAGGCCCGGAGCAUCUGAGCAUGAAAGAUCCAGGAGACUCCUACCUCAAACUGUCCCCAGAAGGCCACAGCAUUCGCCAGGUGGACAGGGGUGGCAGCAGGUAUAAAACCUACAACCCCGGCACCAGCACCAACCAAACCUUUAAGAUUGGCCGACACUACUGCGAGCUGGACGUGGGGGGGAAGCAGAACUGGAGCGUCGGCCUUAAGGUGGAAAUGACAACAGAGCUUCAGCUGCCAGAGAAGGAAAUCCAGCUCCACCUUAAGAACGGCAGCUACGUCUUUUCCCAUGAUGGGACUGAGACCCCCGUUUCAAAUGCCCCGAAGGAUCCCCCCCGGAGGAUUGGCCUGUACCUGGACUGUGACAGGCAGCAGGUGUCCUUCUAUAAUGCAGACACCAUGAGUCUCAUCCACUCGUCCUUCUGUAGUUUCCUACAGCCAUGCUCCAUCAGUGUGUGUCCAGGCCUCUACCUGGAUGGGAAAAACGCCAACCCAGUCACAUUCUGCUGGUACUAAUCCAGUAUGACCACAGUAGGCCAUUAGCUACAAUAUUUACAUAUAUUGGUAUACAGCCUUACAGGCGUGGCUCACGUUGCUAAUCCAAUACAAUUAUUGUCAGAUUCAGAGAAUUAAUACUCUAUCCAAUCCUCUAGUUAUCCGUUGGGUCUCUUCUCUUAUGCUCUCUCUCUGUCUCUCUAUCUGUUAAAUAAAACCCUGAUGCAUUGUUCUAAUUGAAGGGACAUGGCACAAA